GCUGCCGCCGCCGCCGCCGCCGCCGCCCCGGGCUCCGCGCUGCUGCCCGCCCGCCCGCUGCUGUCGCUCGGGCUGCUGCAGCUGAUCCUGGGCUGCUGCAUGGUGGCGCUCAGUUUCGGGGCGCUGUCGCUGAGCAGCUCGCCUCAGGUGAAGAACUCCUGCCCGUUCUGGGCCGGCUCCUCGGUGAUACUCUCUGGAAUCAUAGGAUUAACAACUUGGAAAAGGCCCAUGAUACUGUUGGUAAACCUCUUCGUGCUGCUCUCUGUGGUUUGCGUCCUCCUGAAUCUCGCGGGGUUCAUCCUCGGCUGCCAGGGGGCGCAGUUUGUAUCCAGCGUGCCCAGGUGUGACCUGGUGGACUUAGGCGAAGGCAAGAUUUGCUUCUGCUGUGAAGAGCUGCAACCUUCCAAAUGCACAGACAAAGAAAAUGCCUUGAAACUCUUUCCAGUUCAGCCUUGUAGUGCUGUUCACCUUCUCCUUAAGAAAGUCCUCUUCGCCCUCUGUGCCUUGAACGCCCUGACCACCACUGUCUGCCUGGUGGCUGCCGCCCUUCGCUACCUCCAGAUAUUUGCCACCCGAAGGUCUUGCAUCGAUGACUCCCAGAUCUCUGUGGAAGAAGCGGAGGACCAUGGACGCAUCCCAGACCCCGAUGACUUUGUGGCGCCGGUGCCGCCCCCAUCUUACUUCGCCACGUUUUACUCGUGCACGCCCCGGAUGAACCGCAGGAUGGUUGGUCCUGACGUCAUUCCGCUGCCACACAUCUAUGGAGCCCGCAUCAAAGGCGUGGAAGUGUUCUGUCCUCUGGACCCGCCGCCACCGUAUGAGGCUGUGGUGAGCCAGGUGGAUCAAGAGCAGGGCUCUUCACGCCAAGCUCCAGAGGCGUCAGAAGCGGCCGCUAGCCCCUCGGAGCCAGUCUGUACACAGGUGACUCAAGGUGGGGACAUUCCUAACACACCUGGAGAAGAAAGCGCAUCCAUACCAACUCCCAGCUCAAAUCCAGCACAUCCCACAAGAAGCCGGAGAGCCCUCCCACCUCUAAGGACAAGAACGAAGAGUGAUCCUGUGCUCCACCAUUCUGAGGAGAGAGCUACCCCAGUGCUCAGCUGUGAAGCUGCAACACAGACUGAAAGGAGACUGGACCUGGCUGCGGUGACCCUGAGGAGAGGAUUGAGACCAAAAGCAUCACGAUGUAGGCCUCGGUCUUUGAUAGAUUAUAGGUCUUACAUAGACACCAAGCUACUGGUGGCCAGGUUUCUGGAGCAGUCUUCCUGCACUAUGACCCCCGACAUUCACGAACUGGUAGAGAAUAUUAAGUCUGUGUUGAAGUCCGAUGAGGAGCACAUGGAGGAAGCCAUCACCAGUGCCAGUUUCCUUGAACAGAUAAUGGCUCCAUCACAGCCCAGUGCUACCCAGGCCCCUGUGCCGCCCUCCAGGAGCCAGCCCAGCCUGCUGCACCUGCGCAGCUGCGGGGACCUGAGCACCUUCGCGUGCCCUGCGGGGAGGCCCAGAAGCAGCAGGAGGCCCCUACGACGAGCAGAGGCUGACCGGCCACACAGCCUCAUUGGUGUCAUCCGAGAGACCGUCCUGUGAACCAGGGAUAGGAGCCACUCCAAGGAGAAGGAUGCCCCUCAUCCCUGCUGGUCACUGGCAGGGAGCUGGGCUCACCCUCUGGGAACCCCUUGAGAGUAGGAACAGUCUGGAGCCUGUCUGUCCCCUCUCUGGCUCCCCUUUUUGUGUACGGACUGAACUCGAGUGCACAGGCAGGUCCGUCCGGGCCGCUUAGGGUUUGGAUGCCCUGACCUGGAGGUGAAGACAGCGAGCUCCUGUUCCUCAGCAUUUUCACAGCAUUCCUGAGGGUCACAGGCCCCGGCAUGGGCCAAAACUGGGCCAACAGUUCUUAGCUCACCUUGCCCUUCUCGGCCUGGCUCCUUGCCAAGUCCUUUCCCCCUCCGGAAGGGCAGAGUGUGGGGCUGCUGUUCAUAGCCGCCAGAGGCCUUUCCUGCUCCGAGACAGAACCUGGCAGGAGACGUGACGAUUCACCCCUGUGGGACUGCAGUCCCCGGGUCUCAUCGCAGGACACCCUCAAAUCACACCCAUUAGUGUCAACUUUUAAUGAAAGACAUUUGGGGAGAAGAUUACUAUUGAUUCCAUGUAUUUGUGCUUGCAAAACUAGAACACUAAGGCAGAAUGGAGAAUAAAAAGGUUGAUUGAUUUUUGGA